GUGCGAGAGAGAGCAUAUAUUGCAAGGCAAGUUAAGACCAAGACAUGGAAGACCUAAAUAGUUUAAUUAUCUUUGAUAUCUGCUCCAAUUGUAUGAGUUACAAUUAGCAAAUACCGAAACUUGGAUCAACUUGUUCGUUUUAACUUCUUGCCUUCUUGGGACUUCUCAAUUUAAAAAUAGAGUGGAAUGGGGUGGGGAUUUGUUUUAUAAGCUAAGUUGAAGUUUAUUGAUUAUCUUUUAUAUGUAUCAGAUUAACGGAAUAAUUUGCUUAAAGAAUAAGGUGGUGGGUUGGACAGUAAACUUAAGGGGAACAAAAAUGGAUCACUUUGGAUCUGUCAAUUUUCUCUAAAAUGAACUUGGCCAAUCUAUUGGUAGAUUUAUUUGUGAUUUUUUUUAAGGGAUGAAACAAAUGAGUGUAAGCUCAAAGUAAAUAUUAUUUACAAAUAAAAUUUCUCAUGUAAACUUACCACAAAAGAAAAAAAAAAUCUCAUUUAAAACCAUACCCGAAGAAGCAGCUAUUAUCAUUCUCUGCAUGCAGAUAACAGAAUUCAUAUAUCAUAGUACUUAUCAGUUGUACAUAAUUAAUCUUUUGGUCUGUAAGCAUGAACAUGUAGUUUAGUAUAUCCCAAUAGCAUAUCUUUGGAAUAAAAUAAGAUUCAUCCAAAUUUCACAUAAAAUUUAUCCGUCAUAUUAUUGCCAUUUAAAAUUCUUCCAAGUGUUGCUACUUCGAGCAAUGUACCCAUCUUCUGUUUUUUAAAAUUGUAUUUUACUUUUUCAAAGAAUCUCAAUGCACUAAAGUAUAAGCAGAAACAUAUGAUCAGCAGCCGGCAAAUAAAAUUUUAUAUAUCUUGUAUGCAAAGUCCUUUUUGCUAUAAGAAUGUUCGAAUGAGCUAUCAGAGUCACCAUUGCCACCGUUAUCAUGGGGUGUUCCAAAGUUUUCAGUUUCAUUCUUGUGCUGUUAAUUGGAUAUACUCUGGUGAAUGGAUCCACCUCCAAGCAUUAUAUAGUUUACAUGGGAGAUCAGUCACACCCCAAUUCAGAAUCAGUCAUCAGAGCCAACCAUGAGAUGUUAGCAUCAGUCACUGGAAGUCUCGGCGAAGCAAAAGCAGAAGCACUCCAUCAUUAUAGUAAAAGCUUUAGAGGCUUCUCGGCCAUGCUUACUCCAGAGCAAGCUAAUCAACUUCAAGAACAUGAAUCAGUGGUAUCAGUUUUUGAGAGCAAACUGAAUAGGCUCCACACAACACAUUCUUGGGAUUUUCUUGGAUUAAACUCUGCCUACACAGGAAGCCAUGUGGCACUGGAUUGGGCAUCGGAUGUCAUCGUUGGUGUGGUUGACUCUGGUGUUUGGCCAGAAUCAGAAAGCUUCAGAGAUUAUGGAUUAGGCCCUGUGCCUGAGAGAUUCAAGGGAGAGUGUGUGACUGGUGAUAAUUUCACACUAGCCAAUUGCAACAAGAAAAUCAUUGGUGCCAGGUUCUAUUCAAAAGGUUUUGAAGCAGACGUUGGUCCAUUGGAAGACGUGGUUAACAGGCAAUACUUCCGGUCACCACGAGACAGUGAUGGACAUGGAAGUCACACAGCCUCCACCAUAGCAGGAUCCAUUGUUGCUAAUGCCAGUUUACUUGGCAUAGCCAGAGGAACUGCGAGAGGUGGCGCGGCAAAUGCAAGGCUUGCCAUCUACAAGGCCUGUUGGUUUGGAUACUGCAGCGAUGCAGAUAUCCUGUCUGCCAUGGAUGAUGCCAUUCAUGAUGGUGUUGACAUUCUGUCACUCUCCUUUGGCCCUUCUCCUCCACAACCCAUUUACUUUGAGGAUGCAGUCAGUGUUGGUGCAUUCCAUGCAUUCCAAAAUGGCAUUCUUGUUUCUGCUUCCGCUGGAAACUCCAUCUUCCCAGCUACUGCCUGCAAUGUUGCUCCUUGGAUUCUCACUGUUGCUGCUAGCACCCUCGAUAGACAAUUCAGAUCAGAUAUCCACCUUGGAAAUUCAAAAGUUUUGAAGGGUCUGUCUUUGAAUCCAAUAAAAAUGGACAACUGGCAUGCUUUGAUAUAUGCAAGUGCAGCCGCAGCGCCAGGAGUUCCAGCAACAAAUGCAAGCUUCUGUAAGAACAAUACUCUAGAUCGUAGCUUGAUAAAGGACAAAAUUGUGAUCUGUACAAUUGAGAAACUCACUGAGAACCGAAGAUUGAAGGCUAUGGUAAUAAAGGAAGGUGGAGGAGUUGGAAUGAUACUUAUUGAUCACAAUACCAGAGACGUUGGCUUUGAGUUUGUGAUCCCAGCCACUCUCAUUGGUCAGGAUGCUGUAGAGGACCUUCAAUCAUACAUCAACACAGAGAGGAAUCCCAUUGCUAGAAUCUAUCCAACAAGAACUGUUCUUGAUACCAAACCUGCACCAGAAGUGGCAGCUUUUUCCUCCAUGGGGCCCAAUGUAGUAACACCAGAUAUUAUCAAGCCUGACAUCACAGCACCCGGGGUAAAUAUUCUGGCAGCAUGGUCUCCGGUAGCAACCGAAGACACGGUGGAACAACGAUCCCUGGACUAUAACAUCAUUUCAGGAACAUCAAUGUCGUGCCCACACAUUUCUGCCAUUGCUGCAAUUAUAAAGUCUCACUAUCCCUUCUGGAGUCCUGCAUCCAUAAUGUCUGCAAUUAUGACAACAUCAACUGUCAUGGACAACACUGGUCGUGUCAUUGGAAGAGAUCCCAAUGAUACUAAAACAACACCUUUUGACUAUGGAUCUGGCCAUGUUAACCCACUUGCAUCACUGAAUCCAGGACUAGUAUAUGAUUUUAAUACUCAAGAUGUUGUCAAGUUUCUAUGUAGCAAUGGAGCAUCAGCAGCACAACUGAAGAACCUCACUAGUGGAGGAGAAUGUCAGAAAUAUCCUAAUCCUACAGCUUCAUACAACUUCAACUACCCUUCCAUUGGUGUGUCCAAAUUGAACGGCAGUUUAUCGGUGUAUCGGACGGUUACCUUCUACGGCAAGGAAGCAACAGUGUACUAUGCAAGCAUUGAAAAUCCAGAAGGUGUGAAUGUUACAGUUACACCAUCUGAACUGAGGUUUGUGAAGGAAGGGGAGAAGGCAAGUUUCAGGGUUGAUUUGAAGGGCUUGAAGAAGAGCAAUGGCAACUUUGUAUUUGGUGGCAUCACAUGGAAGAAUGGCAUACAGAGGGUUAGGACUCCCAUUGGUCUCAAUGUAAUCUCCACUUCCUAUUAAUAACAAGUUACGUGUAUGAAUUAGCUCGAAACUAGUAUUUUUACCCGUAAUACUAUUACGGGAAUAUAAGUCUUUUAAAAUUACGUAAGUCCUGGUAUUAUAGAUUAUGACACGAAAAAUUUAUAAUAUUAAACUACUUUUAUAAAAUGGUAUUAAGGGACAAAAGUCCUCGUCGGCUAAAAA